UGUGUUUAUUUACAUUUUUUUGUAAUCAAUCUCAAUCAGCUGUGAGCUGUUUGAUUGAAUUUGCGAAAUUUUUACUCUAAUUAAAUUUGAGAAUUUAAAGCUAUUUAUUUCAUUUUAGUUUCACUAGAAGUGAAAAUGUAUUACAAAAAUGAAUUGGAUAUGAUGCCUGGGAUCUAUAAAUGUCACGGUGAUUUGAAAUAUUUACGUUUCAAGGUUCGUUUAGAAUGUGUGAAAUCGUCUAUGAUUCCAUUAUCCAACGUAGAAGAACAAGAAGUUGGUUUGGAUCCUCAAUACAACGAAAGAGAAGAAUUCGAAUUUUCUUGGAACGAGAAAAUUUUCAACGCAGCAGAAUUCAAAUUAUACAGCGAACCUCAGAAUUGUCAUACACCGGUGGAGAAAGAAUAUCACGAGGAAAUUAUGAAAUUGAAGUCUAGCGGAACUGCUUCCCCUAGCAAUCGUUUAUUUACUUACACAUCAAAUGAUAAAGUACCUAAGACUCUGUACCGAAAUAUUUACUAUAGAGAAGAUGAUCUUCAAUCAUACAUUGACGAAGAUGAUCUAUCAAUAUCACUUCGACAAUCAAACAACCCAGAGAAACCUAUCGAAUGUGUUUCUUUACCGGUAAAGAACAUUGUAGAUUUCAAUCCUUCUGACGAGUUGAAAAAACGAAAUAGAUCCUUAUUCUCUGGCUAUGAAACCAUGCAUAUUGCUGCAGAUUUAUCAGAUAAAAUUACUAGCAGUGAAACUUCAUCGAAAGAAUGUGAACAUUUACUUGUGACCAUGAAAUGGAAUAAAUCAGCUCGUACAUUAACCAUUGCGCCAGAUUUCGCCAACUUCAACACUGCUGGAUAUAAAAUCGAUGUGGAUGCGUUGACUGAUACCAGAUAUGUUUAUCGGUAUUGGAUCGUAAAUGUUUCGCAAUCAGAGGAAGUUACUAGUUUAGGCAAAAUUGAUAAAUUGAGUGCUGAACUAUCUCAUUACCAGCCACCUUUGAAUUUUUCUCUCGAAUUCGAAGUACCAUAUAAAGAUUUUUUGAAUAUAUUUGUGUUCGCUGAAAUUCAGAAAGCUGCCAAAUUCGAAUGUGAUAAUUUAUUCGUUCGAUAUUACGUUUAUCUGCCUGAAGCCUGGACAGUUGACAAUCCUGAAACAUUAUCAGGAUCAACGCAGCAGUGUAAAUUGAACAGUAAAAAAUCAAUAGCUCAGCUUUCGUAUUUAUUCGAAAUGAAGCUGUCUUUAAUUGUAUCAGAAUUGGAAAAAGAUGACCUAGAUUCACUAACUCGUUUCAAGGUACCGCAUCUAUUUUUUGAAGUUUGUUCGUUAGACAGUUGGAAAAGAUUUCGAGUCGAAGGAUAUACCUGGGCACCGUUACCUACUGUUCCUGGGCGACAUAAAAUUACAUUAAGUUCGUGGCGACCAGCUCCUCUUUGUCGAAGAGACGAACUUAAAAGGUUCUUUAUUGGCUCAGAUCGUGAAUUAUCAGAUUUCACUUAUCUCAGUGUUCCCUGCAAUUUUGAUAGCACCUUAUUGAGUAAAUAUGGGUUUGAAACUAUAUCCAGUGGUAAUAUCCAUAUCGAAUUAAAUAUCGUUCAUCAAAUUGGCAAAUCUAUUCCUCCGAAAAAAGUUUCUCAUUUGAUGGAUAAAGCGAAAGCUGUACUCUUGAUGAAUAGUGUGAAUCAUAUUCUAGAAGCAUUCAAGAAAGCUCGUGAACGAAUGCUAAUCGCUAGAGAACCUCUUUCUUUGCAAACUGAUUAAUUAUCACGUCUUCAACUCGGAACAAAGAUGUAAUAUUCCCUGAAAACGCGAAGAAAAUGAAUAAUUUUUGUAAGUCAGGAUGGAAUUUGAAAAUUCGCGAUGCUAAAGUAUUAGGUAUCUAAAAUGAGAAUAAAUUUGUAAAACUUGUUUAAAUGAUGUUAAAAAUGCUCAAAAAAACAUUAAAAAUAGAAACGCGAUGAUCA